CGAAAUAACCAUUAUAAAAUCACGAAUUGCAAAUAUACCACCAAAAGCAGUGUGCGUGGAUUCCGUAUGCCAUCACCGUUCCAUUCCGUAUGAGUAAGAUGACAAAAUUAAUUGAUGUAAUUAAAUUAAAAAACAAGGCAACGCGAUAAGACCAUAUUGCCCUUGCCAGAUUCAACCUUAUCCGUGUUCUUCCCCAACUCUACCGCAUCAGAACUCCUCCUCUCCUCUCGCACGACGAACCCUAAACCCCAGAUCCUCUCAUCCCUUCUCUCAAACUAGGAGCAAAUCAACCAAAAAUCGGUCGCUUUGAAGUAUUAGAUGCCAAUGGAAGAGGUGCAGAUGGAUUUCGGCGAGUAGAGCAAGUCAAGCAGCAGCUUGGGGCGACGGCUGCAGCGGGCGGCAUCAGGCUGCGGUGCUUGCGGCGGCUUGGGGCGGCACCUGCAGCGGGCGGCGUCAGGCUGCGGCGCGGCUACCUCGCUUGCGGCGGCUCCGUCGGGCGGCGUCAGGUUGCAGCGCGCGGCCGCGGCACGCGGCUGCAGCGAGUGUCGGCAUCGACGGCAGGCUGCAGCAUCAGCUGCUUCAAGCAGCAUGGUGGCUACUGUGGGCAGUAGCAGCAGGACCACCAUGGAAAGGUAUAUAAUCUAUACUUAUGCUUGUGACCUACUUGUUCUAUCUAUCAUGUAGGGAUGUUACCAACAAUAUAUGUGUGUGUUUUGAGGAAUUCUUUUUGAAUGUUUUUAAUCCUUGUUCAACUGGUUCAAGAGUCCGAAUUUGCUGGUUUGCUAUGCAACCUUAGCAUGUGCAUAGCUAACCAUAUCUUGCUUGCGUAUCUUCAGGAUAUAAUCAAGCAUUAGCAAUAUCUCUUUGUGUGAAUAUGCUGUGCAUUGUAAUUAAACAACGGCCUCUCCACCUUAGGUGCUUAUUUGAAUUAAUAGAUAGUGAGUUUAAUAAAUUAAUCAUCAAACAAUGGUAGCAUGAAGUAAUAUAAGAAAGUAGCCAUAUGUUUACAACUUUGUUAAAAGUAGUUUAAGCUGGAUAUGUUUUUACAUUGGUAUGAUAUUUCUGUUAGAUAGGUCUUCCAUGCAUUAGUUAUUCAGUCCCUGUAUAUUUAGAUGUAGGUUUUUCAUCUAUUCCUCGUUGAGCUGCUAGAAUAUUUCUCCAUUGUUUUACUUAUCCUGUAGGAAUGACCAAGGCUUCUUGACAGCCAUUAUUAAGGUUGAGUCUUAUUUUACCACAUCGCUUUUGAGUCAAAGGACAUAUGUUAAGGGAAACAAUGUCAAAAUUUCGAUCGAAAGGGAUAGGUAUUCGAUGCUUGCGCUAGUUGACGAUGUAGGGGAAAAUUUUAACUGGGGGCCAAAUCAAUACAUCAGCUUUUGGAAAUUGGGUGAUGUGUCAACUCAGAGUAAAGUAGAGAUAACCACAGAUUCACAAUUGCUAGAUUGGUUGGAUAAGGGUAAUCAGCACGGGGUUGUCAAUAUUCAUGCCAUUGUCAAUGAUUUUGGUGGUCCAUUGCAAGUUGAACCUUCACCAACUAAAAGAAGGUGCCACCCAUCUGUGAGGUAUUCUAUUCCAUGUACUCCACCACUAUUUACUGACCUAUUGGUUGAUGCUACGCCACUAACACUGCCUGAGAGUUACAACCAUCUUGAGAACUCCAUCCAACCAGUACCAUCCACCCAAAAUGAGAGCACCACCCAUCCGGAGAGCACUUCACAUCCUGAUGAUGAAGCCACAUCCCCUAUUAAAAAGAGUGCAAAGAAGGUUGUAAAAAAGUGUGCAAAGAGGAGGAGCCAAGCCGAUGACGAUGAUGAAGAGGUUCGGGAUGAUGAGAAGGAAGAGAACGAAGAGGAGGAGCCCCAGCUAUGCCCAAAUUGUGACCCACUAGAGGUUGAUAGUGAAAGCAGCUAUGAUAGUGAUGCAGCAGCCUCCUCUGACUCUGAAUAUGAUUGUGAUGAUCUUGAUGACCAAAUACAUGAUGACGAUGACAAUGACUCUGACCUUGAGCAUGUGUUUGCAUAUGAUUUUGAUAACCCAUGUAUUGAUGAAGGAGAGGUGUUCGCAGAUACUACUACUUGCAAGGAAGCUGUUACACACCAUGCUAUAAUCUAUGACUAUUCUUUUGAAACUGAGAAAAAGGACAAGCAUAGAUUCAGAGCUUUUUGCAAGAAAAAAGAGCAGGGUUGUAAAUGGAGGUUUCAUGCCUCUACAAGUAAGAAAUACUAUGGCUGCAAGGUCAAGGUAAAUAGGCCUGCCCACAAUUGUUGUUCCAUAAAUAAGACUGGGGCUGCCAUGGCAACAAAUAGCUGGGUUGCUGAAAGAGUUAUAGAUUGGCUGAAGGAGACUCCAACUCUAGGAGCUAGUGCAUUGAAGGUCAAGCUAGAGAAGAAGUACAAAUUUACAAUAGGAUAUGACAAAGUUUUUAGAGGCAAAGAGAAGGCCCUUGAGAAGAUAUUUGGGAAGUGGGAAGACAGCUUUGCAUUGCUGCCCACUUUUAGAGAGGAGCUUUUGAAGGCACAACCUGGAAGUAUUGUCGAUAUUGAUACCGAGAUUCAUGAAGACCAAGUAUGCUUCAGGCGGCUGUUCAUAGCUCUGAAACCUUGCAUUGAUGGCUUCCUACAAGGUUGUAGGCCAUAUAUUGCAAUGGACUCAACACACUUGACAGGGAAGCAUAGAGGACAGCUGGCAGCUGCUGUUGCAAUAGAUGGAAACAACUGGCUUUUUCCUGUUGCAUUUGGUGUGAUAGAAGCUGAGACAACGGAGAGUUGGACAUGGUUCGUGCAGAACUUGAAGAAUGCUAUUGGUAAUCCUCCUGGGCUAGCCAUCAGCACAGAUGCUGGGAAAGGACUAGAGAGAGCUGUUAGUGAUGUCUAUCCAACUGCUGAGCACCGAGAGUGCAUGCGACACCUGUGGAAGAACUUCAAGAAGCAGUACCAUGGACCACUUUUUGGUGAAAACAUGUGGCCUGCUGCUAAGUGCUACACCAGCCAGCAGUACAACUAUCACAUGAACAAGAUUGCUGAGAAAUCUCCUGAAGCUAUUGCAUAUUUAAAAACCAAUCACCCAUUUUUUUGGAGUAGGAGCAAAUUCUCAGAGCUUUCAAAGGUGGACUACAUCAACAACAAUCUUUCUGAGUCAUUCAACAAUUGGGUGAUGAAGAUCAAGGAAUUACACAUAGUGGACUUAUUUGACACACUUAGGCAAAUGAUAAUUGACAAAUUUCACUUGAGGAGCCAACUUGCAAGCAAAAUGGAAGGAAGAAUAAUUCCAUCUAUUAUUAAGACACUGAAUGAACAGAGCAAGAAUCUAAAAGAUUACAAUGUGGUAAGGAGUAAUUGCGAUGAUUUAGCUGAAGUUUCUGUGGUGUCCAAUAAGGGAGUGGUAUGGAGGCAUGCAGUGAACCUAAAGGCUCAUACAUGCUCUUGUAGAGCCUGGCAAGUAAGUGGGAAACCUUGUAACCAUGCAUUGGCAUUCAUAGGCUCUCUAAGGUUUCCUGACAUGAAUGGCUAUGUGGAUGAGUGCUAUUCAGUGCAAAGAUUGAGGCAAACAUAUGCUGGGAUAUGGAACCCAAUGACAUCAAAGAAUAUGUGGACAUUUGUAGAUCCUGGUUUCAAAUUGAUGAGGCCAAAGUUGAGGAGAAAGCCUGGAAGGCCUAGGACACACAGGAUUAAAGCUUCAGAUGAGUCUGGCUGUAGAAAGAAGAGGACAUGCCCUGAAUGUGGUGACAAAGGCCACUUUGCAAAGACAUGUCAGGGAGGACCUAUAGCUAGCAAAAGGAAAAGGUCAUCUUCAUCAACACCAUCCUCAGAUCAAGGAAGCAAUACUCCUGGUGCAACACCUAGGUCAAACAAAAAAAAUACUACUGGAUCAUCCAUUGGCAAUGCAAAUGAUGUGUCAACAAGACCACCAAGAGCAAGAGGGAAGGGGAAGGAGAAGAAAGGUUCUGUUGCGGCAUCCAUUUGAUGCGGUUGUCUUUUGGGAAGGUUCUAAUGGUCUGGACCAUGUUGUCCUAUCAAAUUGAUAUGAUGUAGAACACUACUAUCAGAUGUAGUUGUCUUUUGGAUGUGAGGAUGAAUCAUAUGAUGUAAACCUCUAACUGUGUUGGUUGAAUUAGUCAGAUGUAGUUGUCUUUUGGAUGUGAGGAUGAAUCAUAUGAUGUGAACCUCAACUAUUGUCAUUUAGUUUGAUUAUGUUACCGUGUUCAUGCCAGAAUGACGCUAGUUGAC